UCUAAGCCCUAAGCUCUCUCUUUAUUUGCAAUUUUUUUGCCCCCACCAGGAAAGCAAGACUCAAAAACUACGAACAACCUUUCAAUUCAGAAACCAAAUCCUGAACUCUCCAGAAACGGCGCCGUCUCUCCGCUUCUGCCUCAGAGUGAACUGAAAGUCUGCUCAUCAAGUAUGGGAGACAGUGAAACAUUAGUUGCUGAAACAUCUGCAGUCAUGGGCUAUUCAUCUGCAGGCUACACUAACACUAGCUAUGCUGAUGCCAGCACAAAUUCUGCUCCUGAUGCUGGUGCUUUUACGUCUGGGGCUGCUGGAGAUUAUGCUGCUUCUGGUGCUCCGGUUGAUGGAACUUAUAUUGUACCUGCUGCUGGUUCUGGUUUAGGUGAUGGGAAUGCUUAUAAUAUGGAUCCGAAUUCUGUCAUGCAACAGGUUCAAGCUGCCGGGGCCGCUGCUGCUAGUGAUAAUGUUACAGGUUUGGAAAAUGCAUCUGUGGCUCCAUCACAAGCUUCUGGUUAUAGUUCUUUAAAUGGCAAUGUUAGUGAAGCCGGAAAUGUAACUUCAAUUGAAAAUGGAAGUUCUUUGGGUAUUGGAAGUGGAGCUGCCAGCGGGCAAGAGGUCAUGGAUGGUUCAUCAAUGUCAGGUGAAGAAGAUCGAUUAUGGAGCAUUGUGAAGGCUAAUUCUGCUGACUUUAACGCAUGGACCGCUUUACUUGAAGAGACAGAGAAGUUGGCAGAGGACAAUAUACUGAAGAUACGAAGAGUUUAUGAUGCUUUUUUGGCUGAAUUUCCUUUGUGUUAUGGUUAUUGGAAGAAGUAUGCUGAUCAUGAGGCACGCGUGGGCUCCAUGGACAAAGUUGUAGAGGUUUAUGAACGAGCUGUUCAAGGGGUGACAUAUUCAGUUGACAUUUGGUUGCAUUACUGCAUAUUUGCUAUAAACACAUACGGAGAUCCAGACACUAUCCGAAGGCUUUUUGAACGGGGGUUGGCUUAUGUUGGAACAGAUUACCUUUCUUUCCCCCUUUGGGAGAAAUACAUUGAAUAUGAAUACAUGCAGCAGGACUGGAGCCGUGUUGCAAUGAUUUACACUAGGAUGUUUGAAAAUCCAAAUCAACAAUUAGAUCGGCAUUUCAGCAGUUUCAAGGAGUUUGCUGGAAGUCGACCUUUGUCAGAGUUGAGGACUGCUGAGGAAACAACUGCUGCUACUCAUGCUGAAGCAAUUUCUGAGGCUACUGAUGAAGUAAAAGCAAAUGAGGAAGAGGACCAACCUGAAGCAGCUGAGCAAUCUUCUAAACCUGUAAAUGCUGGCUUAACAGAAGCAGAGGAGUUGGAGAAGUAUAUUGCAGUCAGAGAAGAGAUUUAUAAGAAAGCUAAAGAGUUCGAUUCCAAGAUCAUUGGUUUUGAAACAGCUAUCAGGAGACCCUAUUUUCAUGUCAAGCCACUAAGUAUUGCUGAGCUUGAAAACUGGCAUAACUAUCUGGACUUUAUAGAAAGAGAAGGAGACUUCAACAAGGUGGUCAAGUUAUAUGAAAGAUGUUUAGUAGCAUGUGCAAAUUAUCCUGAGUACUGGAUACGGUAUGUAUUGUGCAUGGAAGCCAGUGGAAGUAUGGAUCUUGCAGAUAAUGCACUUGCUCGUGCAACUCAAGUCUUUGUCAAGAGAGUGCCAGAGAUUCACCUAUUUGCUGCUCGAUUCAAGGAGCAGAAUGAGGAUAUAGAUGGUUCUCGAGCAGCAUAUCAACUUGUACAUACUGAAAUUUCUCCUGGCUUUCUUGAAGCCAUUAUCAAGCAUGCAAACAUGGAACAUCGGCUGGGCAAUCUUGAAGGUGCAUUUUCUUUAUAUGAACAGGCCAUUGCCAUUGAAAAGGGAAAAGAACAUUCACAAACAUUACCAAUGUUGUAUGCUCAGUACUCUCGUUUUGUAUACUUGGUUUCUGGAAAUGCAGAGAAAGCUCGGGAAAUUCUUGUCAACUCACUUGAGCAUGUGCAACUAUCAAAACCACUUCUUGAGGCCUUGAUUCAUUUUGAGUCUAUUCAGUCUCCGCCAAGACAAACUGAUUAUUUGGAGUCAUUGGUUGGCAAGUUUAUUGUGCCCAGUUCAGACAGCUCCAACACUGCAAGUGCUGGUGAGAGGGAAGAGCUAUCUUGCAUUUUUCUGGAGUUUCUUAGUCUCUUUGGAGAUGCACAGUCCAUCAAGAGGGCUGAAGACCGCCAUGCAAAACUGUUCUUACCACAUAGGAGUACAUCAGAGUUGAAAAAACGUCAUGCUGAGGAUUUCCUAGCUUCAGAGAGGGCAAAGAUGGCCAAAUCAUAUUCUGGUGCACCAUCCCCUGCCCAGUCUUUGAUGGGUGCUUAUCCAAGUGCACAAAAUCCUUGGGCUGCUGGUUAUGGUGUACAGCCCCAAGCUUGGCCACCAGCUACUCAAGCACAGGCGCAGCAAUACCCUGCCUAUGGUCAACAGGCUGCAUACAGUGCAUAUAGUGGUUAUGGCAGCAGCUAUGUUGCGCCUCAAAUACCAACAUCAGCACCACAAAGUGCUGCUGCUUAUGGUGCUUAUCCUCCUACCUAUCCUGUUCAGUCUGCCUUUCCCCAACAAAGUUAUGCACAACCAACGGCAGCAGCAGCAGUAGCAACGGUAGUCCCAGUGCAGCAACCUGCUGCCGCUGCAGUACCACAGGCCUACUAUGGGAGUUAUUAUUGAGAGCUAAGCUAGAGUUGUACACUAUACACACUUUGCUGCCCGAAGCCCCUUUUAAUUUAAUUUAUUUUCUGUAUGCUCGCUCAUCUGUGGGCUUGACCUUACCUGUAACUUUGAUUUCUAAAACAUAGGAUGAUGUAGCGAAAAUAGAUCAGAGGAGAGAGGCUGGUGAGAACUAUUAUUUUGUGACACUGCUCUUUAGGUAAUUUUGAGAAAUUGUAAACAACUUCUGUAUUUUAGGUAACCUGGACUGGAUGUAGUUGAGGAUCACGUUGGUGACACAGAACCGGCUCGGGUUCUUUUGUUAAAUGAUUAUUCAGCAGUUUUAUUAUUUGGCUGAGGAAAUAUUACCCCGAA